GCUUCGCAUCUGCUUCUCAUAGUUUCGUUUGUUCCUUGAAACCCUAGGGUUGAAAUCUUCUCUGCAUGAACUGGGAGAUCUGAUAUUUCGUGGAUUUUAUUUUUCGAGUUUUCAGAAAUUCUUAGUCAUGGCGAAUGAAUCUUCUUCUACUUCUAACGGUAUUCCUAUACCUGGAGCGAACCCUUCUUCUUCAUCCCAAUUCACUUACUCGAACGGCUCUUAUUUCCCUCUACCGUUCCAUCUUCAACAAUCAGACCACAUGGCCGCUCAGCAGUACCCUAAGCCUUAUAUGCAUCCACCUCCGACGGUGCAAAUCCCUCCACCGGUGAAAGUUCCUGCCACUCCGGUUAUCUCAUCUGUGUAUCCGGCUCCUGCACCCGUCUCUGGUGUGUAUUCGCUCCCGCAGUAUCAGCAGGCACAACAGUUAUUUCAGAGAGAUGCACAGACAAUUACACCGGAAGCGCUCGAGAGUGUAAAAGCUGCACUUGCAAGUAGUGAAAUUGAGCACAAGUCAGAGACCAAGAAGAAAGCGAUACCUCGUAAAGCUGCUGGACAAAGUUGGGAGGAUCCAACCCUUGCAGAUUGGCCAGAGAAUGAUUUUCGCUUGUUUUGUGGGGAUCUUGGUAAUGAAGUAAAUGAUGAGGUUCUUUCGAAAGCAUUUUCUAGAUUUCCUUCCUUUAACAUGGCAAAGGUGGUUAGAGACAAGCGGACUGGCAAAACCCGAGGUUAUGGAUUUGUUAGCUUUGCCAACCCUUUAGACCUUGCAGCAGCAAUGAAGGAAAUGAAUGGUAAAUAUGUUGGAAACCGUCCAAUUAAACUACGUAAGAGCUCUUGGAAGGAUAGGACUGAUCAGGAUGCUCUGGAGAGGCAAAAGCACCAUACUCAAAAGAAACCAAAGUUACCAAAGAAGAGUGUCUUGCACAAGUGAUUUUGAUGACCAUGCGCACUGGAUGACAGAUUGACCAUUUCAGAGUGAGGGAGAAAAGGUGGAGCUGCUAAAGAUUCCUUCGGUCUCCUCUGACGUAUAGCCAAAUGGCAAAAUGGUUCUUGGUAGUUGCUUUAUUCAGAGUUGGAACAUGGGACUGAAGUUGGGCCAUUUUCACUCCUGUAUCCUGUAACACGUAUUUUUACUACAAGACAGUAGUUUUGUUGCUUUGUUUUGAUUUGUCUUAGUGUAAAGUAUCUUUCUUAAUUUAGAUUCUCUUCAACUUUAGUCCAUGUGAUGAAAAGCGGCAUAAA